CAUUUUCUUUAGAGGGUAAGAAUUUAGCAUUAAAGAUGGCGGGAUUCCGCGAUAGAGAAAAACAAUUUUUCCCACUUCAAAAUAUUCAAGACGUUGUAAAAUUGUUUCGGGACCAGUUGACAUGUGGCGAGGAGCCUAAUUUAUCACUGCUGUCAAUAGUUCUUGGAGUAAUUGAAAACAUUUUGACUGUCAAUAGGGCAAUACCAACAGAAGUGGAUAAUUCGGCAAAUCUGGAACCAAUAUUCCCGGUUGUUGAACUACAUACCAUUGAAGCCCUUUAUUCAAAGUUUGAGUCCCAUAUCAAACGAUCUGUUGAUUUGACAAAGUUCCCAGGUCCUCAUGCUACAAGGGAGCUCGUGAAGCAUGUAUCUGAUGUUAUAUGGGGUUCGCUUACACGAAGUUUUUACAAGGACAAGGCUCAUUUACAAUCGUUGUACAGUUUUCUUACGGGUAACAAGUUGGACUGUUUUGGGGUUGCCUUUGGAGUAGUGGCAGCUUUCCAGGUCCUGGGAUAUAAAGAUGUGCAUCUGGCGCUCUCAGAGGACCAUGCAUGGGUUGUGUUUGGAGAGAAUCUUGCUGAAACCGCAGAAGUAACAUGGCAUGGGAAGGGAAAUGAAGACAAACGAGGUCAGCCUAUAACAGCAGGGACGACGGAAAAAAGCUGGCUCUACCUGAAUGGCUACCCUGUCAUCUGCACCAGAGAAAUGGAGGUGUCUUCCAUUGUGAGUGGGAUCAAUCUAGCUAUCACAACAACAAUGGACAGUGUUGAGCUUGGCUCACUUCAACAGGAACUUUUGUGGUUGCUGUAUGAUAUGGGGCAUUUGAAAAAGUAUCCAAUGGCACUGGGUAACCUUGGAGAUUUAGAAGAGAUAACUCCAUCCGAAAAUCGCAAGAAGCCCAUUGAGUUGUUUCAGGAGGCCAUUGCCAGUGGUCAGGAGUAUUACAAUAAUCAACAUGUCUAUCCCUACACGUAUUUGGGAGGAUAUCUGUACCGCAAACAGGACUACAACGGGGCACUGCAGGCCUGGGCAGAUGCUGCUUCCGUAAUUAAAAAGUACAAUUACAACAGAGAGGAUGAGGAAAUCUACAAGGAGUUUCUUGAGAUAGCCAAUGAUCUUAUUCCGUCCAUGAUGAAACAUGUGGCGGGUGAGAAUGCAGCCAGAAUUCAUCACACCUCUCUUCUGUACAACCCAGAGAGCUAUGCCAACUUCCUUCGGUUUUACGAUGGCAUUUGUGAAUGGGAGGAGGAUAGCCCAACCCCCGUGUUACACAUUACUUGGGCCAAACAGCUGGUAUUUUCAAUCUCGAAGUUUGACAUCAGUGUGAGAAUAGGAGUGGAUCUGAAAGGAGAGAACGGAGAUGGAGAUGAAAGCGAGGACAGCGAAGAUGACGAGAAUAGCAGUGGUGAGACUAAAGACAAAAAUCAGAAUGUGAAGGAGGAGAGUUCUAGGAACAAGACAGAUGGAAAAGAUGGGGAGGAAAAUACAACCAAAGCAAGAGGUAGGGUUGGAAGACAAAAGAAGAGGUCAGUUUCAACCAAGACAUCAGCAGUGAAUGGUAACUCAGAGGAGGAAAAAAUAAAGAGUGCGAUUGAAGAACUUGAAAGCAAAGUUGGAGGGGAGGAGAGUGAGAAGGAGGAUAUCAACCCAAAUAUCCCAGAUUUAGCUAAGGCUUGUAGCGAGUCCAUUCUGAAUCCCGAGUUUCUAUUGGGGGGUGGUGAGCCCUUCACUACAGCGACCACCACAACUUCAGUUACAACAUCAAACGCAGAGGCGUCUUUGGAUGAGUUUCUGAGCAGCAAGUCCAAUGGAUCUCCCUUCAUGGGAAUGACUGUAGACUCCAUGUUAAAAGCAGAGAGUCCGUCUGACAUGGUGAAUUUCAGAAAAAGGCCCCCGUCCACUUUUUCCCACACGCCAUCCCCUCUUCUUGACAACAGAGAGGGGCAGUCAGAAACAAUCAUUCCAAGCCCUACCCCCAACGAACCUGGACCCCCAGUUAUUCUGUGUUUGCAUAGCCAAAAAAUGAAAGGGUUGAAAAAGAUCUUUGCCUCAUCCAAGUUGAAUGCUAGUGCUAUUAAAUUACAGUUGACUGCUCAAUCGCAGGUUCACUUUAAACACAGUAAAAGAAGCACCGAUUCAGAUUUCUCAACUCACAGGAAACGGUCACGUCGAGAGUAAUUAACUAAGGGCAUCUGUCUCUAUCAUGAAGUAGUUCAUAUUUUUUUCUCCAUUUUUUAUACUGUCAAUUUUGACCUCUUCUGUAAUGUAAGCAGUUUGUCUUUCAGCUGAUUCGAUCAAAGUAAUGUUUACUCUUCAUCAUAUCUGUCUGAUCAUUUUUCAUGGAUUCCACAUUUGUAAAUAUCAAAAUUCAGUCAUAUCUUUCUAGCUUUCAUAGUCAUUUUUACAUUCAUUUUCAGUAUACAAGUAGACCAAACCAUGUUUAAUACAUUUGCAUUUUAUUAACGAUGUUCAAGAGUUGCAAUAUUUUGGUUUGCAUUUUAGUGGCACAGUUGAUUUAUUUUUAUGAGACUGAUCAGUAUUAGUAAUUUUUUCGAAGCGUGACAUGUUGUCUAUUAGUAGAACUCGCUUACAUCAUAAAUCGACUUUGCAGAUUUUGCAAGAAAAAUCAUCAGGCUGAUGAAAAUUGUUUAGUGUUCCAGUAGCUUUCCCUUUGAUACUUUUUUGUGACAUAGUGAAUACCAACCAUGUAAAAUGUAAAAUUGAGAGAUGAUAUUUCCAACUUGGACAUCACAGACUAGUUUUACAGAAGAUUGGAUGUUAGAUGGUUAAAAGCUAGAUUCUAGUAGAGAGUAUGCCAAGUCUGAUGCAUUUUUUUUUGUUUUAACAUAUUCAUUAGGGCAUUCUAUUAAGUUUGUUAAAAUGUAAAUAUUGGUGUAUUUAGUUUAGGAGUUUCCUUGCUUUUGACAUCUCUGAUGAUAUGUAGAAUGUCAGAUGAUAGAAUGUAAAUACAUAUGUAAUUUAAAUUAAAAAUUCUUGGUGCCAUUAAGAAUGCUGCAAUGAAGUGCUAACUUUUUAUUGUUCUGAAAUAAUUCUCUCGUUCAUUUCUAUGUACCAGAUAUGUUAAAUUUCUUUAUUCUAUUAAGGAAUUGUGCAAUGUAAUAAUAUAUUGCAUAAUUUUCAAUAUGAAAAGAAAUUCUGUAAAUAUUUCUCAGUUUCUUUCAUUGUUGAAAAAAAUGUUUUGGAAUAAUUUUUUACUGAUUGAGAAUUGUCUAUUUUAAGAUGUUUUUCCGAUGAUUAUUUUUUUAAGAAUGUACAUAUGGUUGGUUUUUUUUUACUAAAAUGUUUGUUAAUGACUUUUGUUAUCGUCCAUGUGCUCUCUCUUUCUCUCUCCCUCUUCUGCUCUCUGAAUCUGAAGCAGUUUUAUUUUUAUGCAACUCAAAUGAAUUAGGGGGUUAAGAAAACCAAAAGUUUUCUCGCUUAGUAUCAUUCUUCAUAUGUUUUAAGUCAGAAGUUAUAUUUUGGGAAUAGAUUAGGCAGAGGUACACAGUAAAUACUAAAAUAUAUGAAAAACUGGCUUUCAAGUUUGGCAUUAUGAUUAGUUACUUAGUUAGAACUGGAAACAAAUAGUUUAUCCCCUUCAAUUUUGAUGUAACUUCAGGUGUUGUAAAUGCAUUAGGAAGUGUGGGGUACAAGUAGGAAGUAAUGUCUGCAAAUAUUUGUUUUCCAAUCUUCCAAUGUAUCUUUUAACUUUAAUUUUUUUCGGGGGAUAUUACAUUGAACUUUUUAUCCAAACUCAUUUGUUUACUCUUCUUAUGUCAAAAUUGAGUCCACUAAAUUGACAGCUACAAAGGGGAAGCUUAAGUUUAUACCUUGGAUAAUUUAUAGAGGUACAUAAUUGAAUUUUUCAGCUAGGUGCUUUUUAUGCUUAAUCUGAGGUAUAUUCACAGCUUGUCCAAUGAGAAUUAUCACAAAAAAUGGCUUUGAUGUUGCUUUUACAGUGAUUAAUUCAGAAAUUGCAAUUGUAAUGAGAAGAAGGGAGAGGUUACAAUCCAAACUAAGUGUGACAUUUGUUUUUCUAGGUAUAAUAAAUGGAAUAUGGAUGUAGACAAAUACAUGUACUGGAAGAUGGAUAGUUCUGAAAACUUUUUUCUUAAAAAGUCUGGAGUGACAUACUUAUGUUAUCAUUUCACAGAAACCAUCUUAAAUUUUUUCAAGACCAAGUUGUAUUUAUGAAUGGUUUUAUUGAUUAAUUUAUUUAAUCUCAUGUAGUUGCUAAUAUUUGUAGACAAGCUUUCAUUGCCUUAAAAAGUAAAUCGUGGAAGCUCUAGAUUACAAUGUAAACAUGAGUUCCAUUUUGAAAGUACAUGUACUUGAAGGUAUUAAACCUAUUGGUUGAGAAAAAAGAUAUAAAGAAUCUUGUCUACAGAAUUAGAUUUGUUUCAUGUUAUUCACCGUCCCCUGUUAUGAAUCUUUCUGAUGCAAUCCUGUUAAAUUUGUUUUUAUUGCUUGUAAUGGUACUACUACAAUGAUCAGUAUAACAUUAUCUUUCCCAUGUGAAAUCUUGAAUGAGAUGUCAACCAUCGUGCAUAAAUAUUUUUACAUGUGCUCUUUAACUUUCAAUGCUCAUUUCUAAAAAAAGAAGUAUGUCAUCCAUAUAUAUGUGUUCAAAAUUCAGGGCGCCCUUUAUACUAUUUUUUUGUUAUUAAGUACUGAUAAAUUUAGCAACAUGUUCACUAUAGUCUGUCCCAGGUUACUGUUUUUAUCUCAUUUUGACGAAUUUUACAGAGAAUACACAUAUCUGUCAGAGAAAUACAAUUGAAAUCAAUAUAAGGGGGUAAAUCCAAGAUUUCUUCAUUAAUAGACACUUCAUUUCUUUUUACCUGGAGAAAUUAACAAGAAGGCAAGCAAAUUUCUUAAAGAGAUUUAUAAUGUUAAAAUGUUUAUAUUUUUUCUCUAUUUGGAAAUUAAUGCUUAAGACACCUUGUACAAUUUUUCGAAGUUAUCAUGAGGGUACUUUAAUGUCUGUUGCAAUGCAAAAUCCCUGUAGACUUUCUAUUUUCGGUUUUCUAUCGAGACCUGAAGUAGAGGGGGCGUUUCAAAACAGAAAACCUGGACUUUUUUCAUUCUAGUGGAUGGACGUAGUUUUGGCACAAAGGUUGUUAUGAUUAUUAAAAUAUUAAGCAAAAGGUGUUAGAAACAUGAACUUGGGACAGAGUGUGAUAUAUAUCUGCAUUCAACUUUUUUUCCACAAUAUUUGUAAAUAAAACAUUAUUUCUUCACACAAUACGUAUUUAAUGGGGAAAGGCACAAGUGUAUGGUUUAGAUAUGUACUGCUCUCUGUUAGGUUCCUUGCUGUUCAUCAAAGCAGUGAAUGCAGGCAGCUAUGCUAUCUCUGUUGAUUUUUCAAUUGUCAAAGUUAUAUUGUAUCAGUCUUAAGAUGAACUAAUGUGUUGUAUGCUUUUGUCCAUAAUCUGUGAACUGUUUUUUCUUUGGUAUUUUUGCAUUAUGUUUAAAAAAAAAAAGGACUUGUCAAUUGUUUUUUGGGUAUACUUGUUUUCAUUGUUAAAAUGUACACACACCCAACCAUACUUAGCUUCAAUAGAGUAGCCCUCCAUGACUUAUCUGACGUUCUCUGGAGGGGGCUAUGAUAUUGCAGGUAAUCCACACCCACAGACAUACACUUUGAUAUUUCGAUUGUAUAUUUUUUUUAUUUCUGAAAAAGGAUACAUUAAUUACAGUAUGCUUUAAUCUGAGAUUUUAUUUUAAGAUACAAUGUAAUUGUAUUACCAUAAAUGGUAUUGUAACAAUCUACAGAGAGCUGACUUAAUUCAAAAAUUUUGUUUUUGAAAUUUAAUCUGAAAAUGAACAUAAGUAUAGGCUUUAGAGACACAGGUUUAUUUGACAGUUGUCCAAGUUUUGUAAGGAGUAAGUUCUUGUGUAACCCAUACAUAAGCCUAUUGUAUUUUGUUUAUUUAUUUCUUUUUGUUGGUUUUUGCUGUGUAUCAGUGCUAUGAGUCUAAUUUCUUCCUUUCAUCACCUCCUCUAAAUGCCGCUUUGUUGUUGGAGUUGGGAGUAGAUUGUAGCAGUUUGCGGACUUUUUGUUGUUGAGAUUCUUUGCCAGCACUGUUCCUUUGUUGUUGUGUAGAAUGUAGGUUACACUCUGAUGUAACUUAGCAUCAUUGAUGUUAUGUCGUGUCAUUCUGUUAUCAAUAAAUUUUUAAAGUGAAAAGAA